AAUCCAAAAUCAAAACCCAUCACGCUUUGCCUCGCUUGAAUCCGAUGACCCCGUUUCAUUUCUCUUGCCUUCUAAAAAAUGUCAUCUCGCUACAGGCCUCUCUCUAAACCAAUUUCUCUUCUCAAAUCCAUCACUAACAAACCCAGCCUUCAACCCAAAUCCACACCUUCUUUUCUCCCUACACGCCCUCCUCUCACAUUUUCAAGGCCAGUUCCUUAACCGGGUGAUAUUCAAUAUCUGCUUCCACUUCAUUCGGCUGUCUCAUCAGCUAGGCCAGUUCCAAGCCUGGGCAAUACUUAGCAGCGAGGACUCCACGGAGCUUGAAUGGUGAGCUACUUGAAGAGCAACAAUGCUCUAGGUGAAAACAAACCUGUUACCUAUUAUAGUUAAUGAACCCUCUUAGAGAGCAUGAACGUGGAUGCUCUAGCACAAUACAAAUCAAGAAGCACGCCUCUGCAAAGAGGAAAAGAAAAAAAGGAGCCGGAUGCUGGAGUGAGCCAAAGGAUAACGUGAGUCUCCUAGAUUAAAAUAUCCAAAACCCCUAAUCAUUUGUGAUUAUAAUGUUUGGAAUUUCUUAUGGAGAACUCUUUCUCUUGCUUGGGGCCACAGCUGCACUAAUCGGACCCAAGGAUCUACCAUUAAUAGCCAGAACUGCAGGGAGAUUAACUGGUCGAGCCAUUGGGUAUGUGCAGAUGGCUCGUGGUCAAUUUGACUCUGUUAUGCAGCAAUCACAAGCUCGCCAGGUUCACAAGGAACUUCAAGACACAAUGGCUCAACUUGAUGCUAUACGUCAUGAAAUUCGAAGCAUAUCUGUCUUGAAUCCUGGUCCAUUAACUCGGAGACUAGUGGAUAAUCUUGACCCUCCACCUACUACUAAUGCCGGUGGUGCGCCUGAAAAUGCAGAUGCAGAGAAUGUACCGAACCCCACAAUUUCCAAGGUUUAUACUGAACAAACAGCUGGAGAAAGUUUACCAACAGCUAAUAUUUCCAAGGUUUCUGGUGCAAAAGUCUCAGAUUCAUGUGAUUUGCACAGCCAAGCCACUGCUUAUGCAAGAUUGGCUGAAUCCUCAGCCCUGAAAACUGGCCCGUUGCGCAGUGGGGCAGGUGCAGGGGAGUUGACUAGUGAUAUUGGUCUUUUAAAUGUUUUGCCUGUGUCUGCUGAAAGCACUGGGCUUUUGCCAAAUCAUCAGGAUGUUGUUAACGGAUCUGACAUUGUGCUGGAGGCUAUACUGGAGGCUGAGGUGGCUCACAGUGCCAAAGAUUUUUUCGCACAGCCUACAAAUCAGAUCAAAUAUGAUGAGAGGUAGCAUUUAAUAAUAUGCUCCUGUUUUUGCUAGAAAGGUCACCAGUUGCAGAUAGCGUUCUAAAAAGGGAUGCUUGAUUUUCAAACAAGAUCAAGGAUGAAACUUCAGAUGAUUGAUACUUUCCAAUGGCAGCCUUGGAAAACACGGGCUGUUUCUUAGCAUGGAUUGACAAUAAGUGCUCUACAAGUAAUUUAUGUGCGUAGGAAACCUAUUAUAUAGACUUACACAGGUUUUUGUAUAUAAGCAUGGAUUUAUCUUUUAUGAAUAAGCCGUUUUACUUGUA